CAUUACGGUAGGAACAAGAGCUGCGCGCCUCGUGCCGUCAUUACGGCGUGGCGGGCCGCUCUCCUCGCGAGAGCUGGGCGCGAGUUCGCGUGAGAUCUCGGCGGCGGGGCGAGGAGGGAGAUCCAAGCGGGGCAGCGGCGAGCUAUGGAGGACUUGGAAGAUAAUACCACUGUCUUCUCCACCCUGAGAUCCUUCAACAACUUCAUUUCACAGCGUAUGGAGGGGGUGUCCGGGCAGGCUGUGCCAGCAUCAUCUCAGAGCUCCUUGCAGAUUCAGUACCAGCAGAGGGUGCAGUUGGAAGAACAAGCUGGGCAGAUCCAUUCCAAAUCGCAGCUCCUGCAGGUGGAACGGGAGAAGAUGCAGAUGGAGCUUAGCCACAAACGAGCUCGCAUUGAGCUGGAGAAGGCAGCUAACACUAAUGCCAGAAACUACGAGCGAGAGGCUGACCGUAACCAGGAGCUGCUCACACGCAUAAAGCAGUACCAGGAAAGGGAAACGGAAGCUGAAAAUAAACUGAAGGAACAAAUGGAGAUGAACAAAUCCUAUAAGAAGAGUAUGGAGACAAUGAGUAAAAAACUGCAAGAGAAGGAGAGCAAAUUAGCUGAAGCUAAUGAAACAAUCACUAUAUUAAAAGGGAAAAUAUCUGAGCUACAAUGGAAUAUAAUGAAUCAAGAGAUGCAGAUGACAAGCCAAGACUCGCAGAAGCAAGAGCUGAUGGAACAGCUGGAUGUUCAACAUAAGAAAUGGCAAGAGGCUACUCAGCAAAUCCAGACAUUGCAAGCAAGCCAGUCCCUACUGGCAGAAUAUGAGCAGAAGAUUAAGGACCUGGAACAGAAGUUCUCCCAGCAGGAACAUGAUGCUGUUAUCGUCAAGAACAUGAAGACAGAACUGGCCCGUUUCCCAAAAAUGGAACGGGAGCUGCGACAGCUUAGGGAAGAGAAUGCAUACUUCAGGGAAAUGAAAGAAAACAAUGGUUUGCUUAAAGAAGAAGUAGAAGGUCUCCAAAGAAAAUUGGAACGCUAUGAGAAAGUCCAAGCACAGUUAGUGACUGCUGAAUUGGAAAAUGAGAAACUUCUGGGAAAACUGAAAAGCUGGGAGAAAUUGGACCAGAGCACUGGCUUGAAUAUCAGGACGCCUGAUGAUCUGUCAAGGCAAAUUGUGGCCCUGCAGCAAAGGGAGCUUGUGCUGAAAGAGCAGAACUCUACCAUCACAAACAGUGCCCGAAUACUGGAGAAGGCCCGACAGCAGCUGCAGGAGGAAAUUCUACAGAUUCAGAGCCAGCUCUUGGAUGAGAAGAAGAAGCGCGAGCAGCACGAGGCCCUGGUCAGGCGUCUGCAGAAACGUGUGCUGCUGCUCACCAAGGAGCGGGAUGGGAUGCGGGCGAUCCUGGAGUCGUACGACAGCGAGCUGACCCCUGCAGAGCACUCCCCGCAGCUGAACCGGCGCAUGCGGGAGGCCGAGGAGAUGGUGCAGAAGCUGCACGCUCAUAACGCCGAGCUGGAGGUUCAGAUGUCUCAAGUUCUGGAAGAAGUGGGAAAUCAGAAGCAAAGAGCAGAGAUGCUGGAGGUGGAGAUGAAGGUCCUGAAGUCUCGAGAGAGCACUGCAGAGCAGAGUACCUUCAUCACCAAGGAGGAGGUUGAUGCACUCAGGCUGAAGAUUGAGGAGCUGGAAGCUGAACGCAGCAAGCUGGAAGAGCAGAACAGAUCUCUGGAAAUGAAACUGGAGAAGCUAACUAUGCAGGGUGACUAUGACCCCAGCAAAACCAAAGUGCUUCAUUUCAGCAUGAACCCCGCGAGCCUGGCCAAGCAGCAGCGCAAGGAGGAGCAGCAGCAGCUGCAGGAGGAGUGUGAGAGGCUGAGGGAGCUGGUGAGGGUGCUUGAAGCCGGCGGCUCCAUCCAUGGGAAUCUGGAAGGAGUUGGGAGCUUUCAGUCGCCACAGGAAGUUGCAGAACUGAAGAAGCAAGUGGAAAGUGCAGAACUAAAAAACCAGCGCCUGAAGGAAAUUUUUCAGACCAAGAUCCAGGAGUUUCGCAAGGUCUGUUACACACUCACUGGGUACCAGAUCGACAUCACCACUGAGAACCAGUAUCGACUCACCUCCAUUUACGCCGAGCACCAAGGAGACUGCCUGCUCUUUAAGGUUUGCAUAUCAACAGGUCAGUGGGAGAACUUCUUACUUCUCAGCAGCAAACACAAUUAGCACUUAAGACCAUUCCUGCCUGCCACUGACUCCCCUCCAGUGUAUGGUUGGAAGGAGGAUGAGGAUUUUGGAAGCAUUUGUUACAGAAGUGGAGUGCACAAGCAGGAACUGGAGAAGUUCACUUUCUGCAGACCUACUGCUGUGGAUUGCUGCAGGAUUGUUUCUUGACAUAACAGGACAAAUAUUUUCCUGCUCUGCAGCUUCAGAGCCUCAGAAACGAAACAAACAAACCACCGAGAGAACCCAGCGAGGAUAAAUAUAAGACAGCACCUUGGAUCGUUAGUAAAAGUAGGAAAAUAUCACUAAAGUGGUUAUAUUGCUUAGUCUUAUCAGGACUGAAACAGAUGGCAGCAGGCAAACUCACGGUCUGUGGAGGAGGAGAACUCGCUUGGCUUUCAGGUACUGUCCUUGAAUCUUGAGAAGAGCUAGCUGAGGUGAUGCUGUGCUGGUAGCUCUAAGGCCUCCCCAGGCCUGUGUUUAUGCAUGCUUUGUUACGUGUCUAGUGAAUGAAACUUCUGCAGAUCUCUGGAGGUGUCUGUUGGCAUGGCAGGACAGAGCAUCCAGCAGCUUUUUUCUGUGAUUUAGGAGAGAUGGUGCUGUUAAAGAGAGUUGAGAAGAUAAGGAAAUAUAGCCCACUGGAACAAGAACUCAUUUCUCAGUAGUACGUCUCCAGUAGGAUCAAAUUCUUCUUUGUGUUGCUGCAAGAGAAAUAACUUAUGUACAGGAAUGAUCAAGUACAGAUUCCUCUCUUUAAAUGCUGUUUUUGCUUUCUAUUGUUCACUUGACUUGAUUCCCAAGUCCAUUCAGAGGACAGAGGUAAGGAUUGCCAGGGAAAGCAGCAGUAUUUCUGAAUUCCUCACCAGAAUCCAGGCAGGUAGUGUUCAUGUGUGUACUGAGUCUUGCAUUCUGACUGGGUUUCUGGGGAUAUUGUGUGAUUAUGCAGCAGAAUUGCUAAGCUUACUGUGGGUGUUAGUGUGCAUUUCAUUAACCCAAAGAGGUCAAAAAGCAGAGAAAGCUAUUUGUAUUUAUUCCAUUUGAGCAAUUUAUGGAACUAAGUCUAUACAAUUAAACUGGAGAAGUCCCCCAGCACUUUACAAGCUUCCAUCAUUUCUCUGUAAACUUCAGAACAUCUUUCAGUAGUGCUGCUGGUGGCGUUUAAUUUCAGUGAGGAUGUAAUGGGAGCUACUAUAACGUAACCCCUUCAAAGCUAAAUGAAGAUGAAAGAUGUGCUUGGUUUUCCCAAGCAACAAGGUGUGCUGUUGCUGUAGUAGAAGGUGUGCAUCCAGCCAAUUUGUUUUAAAUGGAAUCACAGCUUCAUUGAAAGGGUUAAUCACUGUGCCACGCGGAGAAUACAAAUGACUGCAUCCUAAAUGAGCACUGAAUUCCAAUGAAAGCGUAUCAAUAUUUAUUGGCAAUCCCUAUGGAUACAGCAGAUGAGCUCAUCAACUUGAAGGAUGUUCCAGUGAUUUUUCAGACCCUCUGUGUGAGAGUGCGUAGGCAGCAAGGCACAUCUCAGAUUUCACAGCUCACUCUCACUUGUUUGCUCUUUUUCAUUCUUUUAAUUAAAUGCUGUGAAAAGUGGCAUACAGAAUCCUCACCAGCAGUUUAGUUUCUGAUUAUUUUUAUGGGAAGCAAUGUGUUAUAGUUAUUGGGUCACUUGACAGCUUCAUCUUCAGUUAGUGCUGUUGAUACAUUAGACGUGUUGGGCCGUAAUACAGACCUGGCAUUCCACAUAUUGCUUGGUUUGUGAGUCUAGGCCAGGCCACCCAUGAGAUAUCCAAGAACUGCAUUGCUCACUUGGUAGCAAUCUAUUGGAUAUGUCUUAUUAAAACAAACAAGCAUUGCUAGGGAACAUAAAAAUUGUUUUUACCAGCUUGGAAUUAAGCAGUGGCAAAUCAGGAUGUCAUUUUUUGGCAUUGUCUGUAUCAGGCUGUUUACCAUUGCCUCUGGGUACAUCCUGAAUGAGAGUAAGGAAGUGAGGUCUUUAGAAAAGCAAUGACAAUUGAUUCACACAAAGAAAGUCUUUUGGUAAACAGAAAGACUGGUCAAAUUUGAAGAGGAGAUGAUUUGGAGACACUUGUACAAAUGAACAAACAGCACAGAGAAAAUAAAUCAUAGGCCUUUUCUUUUUGUGUGCCCAGAGAACACAGUCUGGACCCAAGCAUUUAAUGUCAAUUUAAAACUAGGAGUGGAAGUCUUGAAUUUAUAGACCCUGUUGCUUCAAGGUACUGCUGGAAGCAAGAGCUCUGUAGGUUUUCCGUUAUGGCGAUGUAUCUUUAUGGACAAAUAGUAAUGCCUAAGUUUGCAUUAAAUAUUUACAUUUACCUUAAGUAGGGUUGGAGAAGUCAAACCAGCCUCUUCCUGUGUGGACGUUAGGAAGAAAAUUUCUUCCUGGUUAUUUUUGGGGCUGUCUGUACGUGUAGUUCUGCCACUGCUGCGUCUGACAACAUUCAGCUUCAUCCUCUGGCAGUACUGGGGAGUGAAGGCUUGAAUGAAGAGGAGAGAGCAAGAAGAGUCAUCAGAGAGAAAUCUGCUUUAUGUUUCACUUGCUUGAUAAUUCACUGCACUUCAGGUAAACUGUUUCCACCUUUGUUGCAUGAAUGUGGAGCUGGUCACUUCUGUUGAUAGGAUCCUGGACUGAAAAGGCAAUUGAUCUGGUAUGACAGCUCUGUGAGAUCUGGCAGGUUCAAAAUCUUUCAAGUUACUCUGUGCUCCCAGAAAGUGCUCAGGUUUCUCCCUGGUUCAGGUAUAUCUGAGCCUAAAUUGUUUGGUGAGGAAGUAAAUCAGAUUAUUUUCAGUAUCACAGUGGUGCGUGUCUGAGCUUAUUAGUAGUCCUGGCCAAAAAGCUGCAUUUAGGCAGCUCAGCAGCUUAUGGUUUGUUGUAUUUUCUGUAUCCUUAAAGCCUAGUCUUCCACAGAACAGAUUUGUCUGUUUCCAGCUCUUGCCCAUGCUGUUAUUUUCUGCCAGUAUUAUCAAAUGGAAACACAAACACCAGCGGUAGCUCAUUGAAGAGCAUCCCCAAGAUGGUAGGCUUCAUGCCUUGAAAGAGAAUGCCCAAGAUAUCAGACAGCAAAUAAAAACGGAAGCAUCAUGACAGAGCAUGAGAAUGUUGCCAGCCUGUGGAUUGUCACUUCUGCCAAAUAAAACCUUUAUUGGUGUCCAGUUGGAUUGAUAAUAUGGUAAUAAAAUGAACAGCUUUUUAGCAGACUGUUAAAUUAACAGCCACUGCACAUACAGUCUUUGAUGCACACCUGCUUAAGGAGUUCUUCAAGGCAAUCUGAAAAGUGAAUGUUGUUUUUGAUGUGGUUCACAGUGUAUUAAAGAGGCAGAAUUUAGUGAGCAAAGGGGAUAAAGGCUGUGCUGGUUUGGGGAUUCUCUGAUGGAAGAGGGGUAUGUGGAAGGACAGAUACAAGCUGUGUGUGAGCAAUUAGCAUGGAAUGUGAAAGACAUAAGGCAGUAAUGGUGCAAUUCAUGAGGAUAUAUAGAAGGGUGGUCCCAAUGCAGCUUUGAAGGUCUGGGAGUACUUCAGCCACUGAUUGCUGGCAGGUGGGAGUUGGUAUGUAGUGACAGACUCCCUCAGGCUUGUUUGUCUUUGCUUCAUUUCCACACUCCUUUUCCUGAACAUCAGUCUUGAUGGCUAUUUGGAGGCAGGGUGGUGGGUGAGAUGGCUUUACAGCAGUUCUUAUUAUUAAGAACAACUGGGGCUGAAUAGAAACCUGAGGUAGGUAGAUAGGUAAAUCAUGACAAAAUGUGGGAGGGCAAUUCCGUGAACAAAAAGGGAUGGUUUAAUUGUCUGUCCUUAAGGACAGAAAUAAGGAUGGAUAGAAUGAGAACCUGGAGGCUAUUUUCGAAGUACAAAACAGUGCUGACAAAGUGCUGGCUGAAAGGAGGCAAAACUGAGGUGGUUAAGCAUGCAGAGGAUGCCCUGUGCCCUGAGGCUGCUGAGAUGUUGGUGCAGCCUUAGCAUCAGGUUUGCCACAGUGCCCCACUAACAAUGUACAUCUCAAAAUUAGCAGCAAGGUCACUAUAGGGAUUGUCUUGACUUGCCUGAGUGAUCCUGUUUGGAGCAGAGGCUGACAGCACUGCUGGGAGCUCUGGGUCUGGUCUUCAUGCAUGGCAUCCCUGCAGUUGCCAUUAAUUCCUCCUUGAGCCCAGCAGAGUAUCUUUGAGAAGCAUGUUCUAGCUGUUUGUUUCUUUUUGCAUCUCUAUCUACUCAGAUAUCCUCUCUUCCUCCUCAGCUCUGAUGAGUCUUGAGAGGAGAAAGAAAUCACAAUUUCGAUAGAGUGCUUUUCUUCCAGCAACUGUCUCGCACUCCUGCACACAAUCAGAAAUAACAAUGGGGCUCAUCGGUGGAGCAGGCCAGGCAGCGAGAGGUUGAUUAGAGAUUGCAGGCCUCUGCUAACCCCUCAUUCUUGUUAAUUGCAAGUUAUUUUAUUUUUAUAUUUCAUUUCCUGUUUGCCCAUGUGGUUGCCGGAGAUGCUGGCCGUGCCUGUGUGAUGGUGAUACCUUGCAGGGAUUCCUGCAGGUUCAGCUCUAAUCAGCAGCUCUAAAAGCAGAGCUGUCCUGCAAUCUGUAGCGUUUCAGGAUCAGAUCCUGCGUUUAAACUUCCUACAUUUCGUUCUCGUCCAGAUGUUUUAGCGACCUAUUUCAUGUUAGGACCUGGCUUCAAUUCUUGUUUCUGUCUUCAUUUUAUUCUGCUCUUUUUCAUGCUUUUUUUUUCCCUCUUGACAUGGUUUCUCUUGUGUGUGUGCUUCCCUAAACAACUGCCUACCUUUUAGGGCAGAGUAUUUUUUUUUUUAUCCUUUUAAUGAAACCAGUCACCUCAAGGGUAGUGGAACUGGGGAAGAUCUGACAAAGUCAUCUUUCUAAUGCAGAAUUUCUGAGUGCAAAGAUGUUGCUUUGAGACUUCUGGAGGCUGUGCUGAAACCUUGAUCUAGCUGAGAAAAGUUAAUGUUCUUCUUCUGUUUCCCAUCAGUGCAAUGGGGAGAAUGCUUCUGCCAAUGUCACCAGACUGUACUCAGGGUAACACACUGUGCUAGUGGGAACCAGAGAGCAGCUUUGAGCUGGGGAAUUCACCGCCUAUUACCUGCCCAUCUGGCACAGGAGCUGCUCUGCAUGCUGGCUCCACUCGCUCCCCUUCUCUGCCGUGUCUGCCUGCUGGGGUGGAUCCAACCAUGCAGGUAAUUAAUGCUGAUGAUGCUGGAGCAUUAUUCCAGUGGCUAAGUCAGUCCCAACUAGCAGGAGGCUGAUACGUGUGAGCCGCUCAGAAGGCUCACAGAUUUGUGGCCUUGGUGGGAGCAGUAGGUAAAUGAAACGCUUGGCUUUUCUCCUCUUGAAAUGGCCGAUAUGUUACGUUGUGAGGCAAAUGCACAACCCCUUCAAAAAGUAAGGCUUCCUGCCUGAAAAUAUAAAGUUGCUCACAGGUGCUUCCUGAGAGUCCAUCAGUCUGCUGGUAGUUCUGCUGAUGGUCUCAUCUUGGUGCCAGCUCAUGGCAGACGCUGGCCAGCCCUGCUGAAGGCCCCCAGUUUGUCUCCAGAACUUCUGCAAUAUGAAAUAACCAAACUACCAGAGUGCUGGUGUUUUGUUGUGCUGUUUUUUUUUUUUUUUAAAGCUUGUGGUUCACCUCUUUCCCAUCUCAUUUUUCUUCAUUAAAGAACAUCUUACUUAAUGAAACAGGAGAGGCAGCCCAUGCUUUCUAGGGCAAGUCGCGCACACAGUGAGGAGCACAGGUCAGUGGUGAGAACUGGAUUAAACCUCAGCAUCUGGGCUGGGGUAGCAGCACAGCCAGCAGGAGGCAGUGGGGCAGGAUGAGUGCAUGGGGCAGGUCAUGCAAAGCUGUGUGCCCCUGUCCAGGCAGCUGCUGUCUGUGCCCUGACAGCACCAUCCUUGUGCCCGAGACAGCCCUUCUGUCAGCAGGAAGCAGGGCAGACCCUGGCUGACUCACAUGGUAUAACAACCAUCUCUGUUUCCUCUUCCCAUCCUUGUUCCCAGUGUCUGGGUGAUGUAGUUAGCCUGAAAAGGAGCUGCUCCUGUUGUUGUGCCUGGGGCCCUGCAGGAGGUCUCAGGAGAGGAGGAUGCUGCAUCCUCCUGCUGCUGUGUUUGAACAGCUUACACAGGCCAUGUGAGUUGGCAGUGCUGUGUUUGUGUUGUUAGAUAAAGGCAGUGUUAAACAGUGGAUAAAAGGGGGGGCUUAGCAAAACCCUCCUGGAUGCUUAUUCCCAUCUCUACCACUGAACAGCCACGUGGCUUUGCUUGUGGUUGCUCAGCGUUCUGCUUUCCUUUGUUACCUGGGCUCAUGGCAUUGCUGUCCAUCAGCUUCCACAUGGCUGUGAGAAGCAAUUUAACCUGUUCUGCAGGGAGAAGGCUGCAUGUGAACAUGGGGGUUGAAAGCCACUGCAGCAGUCUUCUGUUAGCCAUGAACAGCAAGAUGUCCAUUGGGCACAUCGCAGCCUGGAGAGGAACAGAACAGCCAACCUAUGGGCACCUGCCUCCUCAUCCAGGCAGAAAUCUCUCCAGUUGAGUUAUUUUAUUAAUUAAUUUUUUUGACUCUCUGGUAGUUUCAAAAGAUGUUCUUCUUAGAGGCUGUGUGAUCAGCACUCUUGAAGGAAAAGGCGCUGCCUUCAAGCCCGGGAGGCUGGGGAAUACAAAGGCCUCGCUGCCGACACAUGAAAUGGGUGUUCUGCAAAGCUGCUUUUGAUGGUGCUUGUUGCUUUCCCUGACUGCUCUGUUGUGGAUUUGCAGAACACGCAGAGCCGUGUCAGCAAACCAUAACCCUGUUGUUUGCUUGCAUAUGAUGAUGUUCAAAGCUGCAAAUGAAAAGGAUCAGAAAUUGCUGGAGGUUUGCUGCCUUUUGUGGGGUAGAAAGUCUGAGUUUCCAGGUACCCGACAUCUCUGCCAUCUUCUCUGGCUGCUCUGCAGUCUACUUGAGCCUUGUUUUCCAGGGAUAGGUUUGUGAGACUUGUAAGAAAAGCUGGCAGCUCAGUGGGGGAUACAGCUGGCAGCACCCAGCAGAGCACCUGCCUGCCCUGGGUGUCCUCUUGCUUUGGAAGUUACAACUUCAGUCCAUGCCUGACCAGGGCAAAAGACUUUCAAAUCUGGAGAAAGUAUAGUUAAGAGAGGGAAGAGAGUGUUUGUCUGCAUAAAAACCUGCUUGUAUGAUGAACAGCAAAAGAUUCCCAUGGGUGUUGCAGUCUUGGGACAUCUGUUAUCUGUAGCUGAAGGCUGGAUUGGAGCUCAUAAAGGCUAUGGGUUCAUAUGUAUAUUUAAAUGAUUGUGCUGUGCCCUCACGCUUAGGAUGUUAAAGAUAAAAGGCUUCAUCCUAAAUUUCAUUUGAGUUGUGCAACUGUUGGCUGUUUCUCCCAAGGCCUGGCAUGUAAGUGGGCAGGAAUCUAGUGGGAAAGUGCUGGGGAGCAGAGAAUGGGGUGUCAUGGUCACAGAUCCCCUUUGGUAGCCAAAGGGCCACCAUUGGGGUAACGCUGCACCUUUCAGCUCUGUGUUUCUCUGCAGUCCUUGCAUUGCUUCUGUGCCUUGGAGUCUAAAUGCUCAUUUACUGCUUUCAACCAUGCAGUUAGUGUAAGCCAUUCAGUAACACUUUCUCUCCAACCAUCUUGCCAGUUUGAGAACCCACAUUUCAGAGCUUGCUCCUGCGGGAUCCCUGUCUCUUGUAUUUGUAUGUUCCCUGAAACCUUUAACUAAGCAGAGGUCUGCUACGUUUUCCUUUUGAGAAACCACUUUUAGGAAAGCAGAAAUCGCUUCUGUGAGGGUGUCUUCUGCUUUGCUGCAAGGCCUCCCACCUGUAUUUGGAACAGUUGCUGCUGGAGAGGGCUGGAGGCACAGCAAGCAUUCAGUCAUAGCAUUUCUUCAGAUUUGAUGCACUUCAGGGCAUCCUGUAGUCUCAAGCACAAGAUCUGAAGCAGGCUCUCCAGAUCAUAGCAUGUCCUGUUGGUGUUGCAGUAUGAUUCUAUUAAUCCUGGUGUCCUUGCCAUGGUGUGUUAUCUGUGGAGCAAUGACAGAAUGCAGAAGUAAACUGAAAAUCCUUUUGGGGAUUUUGGUUGUUCCAGCAACAAGCUGCUGUGAUUCUGAUGGAGUCCUCAGCUGUGUUACAGAGCAACGAUCUUCACAGCUCACCUACUGUAUGCUUAAUACUUCACACAGACACAGAUUAGUGCCAGCAUUUAGUAAUGUGCCAACUGCCCUUAUUUAUGUGUGUGGAAAUGGUGAAAAAGUUCAUCUGUUCUCAUGUUUGUUUCAGACAAACAAGUACGUCGUCAUCCUAAAUCCAUGCCCAGAAAAUGUUCACCCUAGCCCAUGUGGCUAUUAGCCCUGAGAUCGGGUAACUGAGUACUAUCUUAGGGCUUUGGAUUUAACAUGUGCUGUUGCAUGGGAAUAUCUUUUGAGGAAGAAAUACAGGUAUUUUAGGUCAGGUCUGUCUUAGGAGGAUUUGCAGCACAAUCACAUGGCUGCUUCCUCCUCCGUGGGGGAAUCUAAGAGCUGAGGAUGACCUCCAGCUUUGGUAGUUCCCAGGAUUGCCUUUUGAUGGCAUCUCUGGUACCUGGAAGAAGACAAGCCUGUCUGCCUGUAUCUUGGAAGAAAUAUAUCAAACCAAAGCAUGCAAAUUUUAAUUUCCUCCUAAUCUGUAUUCAGUUUCAGCAAAAGCGGGUGGCUGAUAACAGUGGAUCCAUCCAAACCAUGUUCUGGGGAGCUGGCAUAAAUUUCAGCCUUAAACUGAAGGGUUUGUCUGUCUUAAUGGAAGGCUCUGGAGAGCAUUUUAUGCGAUGGCUGUCACUUUGCAUUUCGGGAUGUAUCUGUCUGAUGAGGGACUGUCUGUAGAUGAUUUUUGUAUGAGGCAGAUAGAAGAGAUGCUGGCAGCACGAGGUGUUGGUUAUCGUUGUGUCAGUGGUGCAAUGGCUGGUUCUCACACUGGGUGCGGUGGAGCUGUGAUGGAGCUGCAGCAGUGAUGAGCAGUCUGCUGGUGGCUUGCUGGUCCUUGUGUAGAGAGGAAGGGCCCAGCUGGCUGUUGCACUUGUGCCCAGGGGUUCCAGAUGUGUAUAAGCAGCUGUGCCUCGCUGUGCCUUUCUCUGGCAGGCAAGAUCUCACUGCCUUGUCUUGGGAAAGUGCAGGAGAUGUCCUUGGCUUUUUUGGCGGAGUCACACUGCAGCCUGAAGUUGUUUCUCUUCAUACAAUUCCAUUAGAGUGAUGACAGUUUCAAGUUGGAACAGAAAAAAACCUGAUGAAAGGACUGGUCUGUAAGUGGGGAAGAUAGACAAAGUGAAAGCAGUAACUAGCAAGGUAAUAGGCAGUGAUGGAUCUAUAAUCUCUGAGUCUGCUGUGAGCACUAAGUUCCUAAAUAGUGUCCUUUCAGCCCUAACCUAUUUAUUUGCAAAGUGCUAAAUUUAAUUUUCCUUAGUCUGCAGGAAGGCAGCAUCCCAGGAAUAAACCCUUAGCCCAGCCAAGAAGCUAUGCCAAAAUGCUUGUCCCAGCAUUUCCAUUUCCUCCUCCCUUUGCACAGAGCAUCAGACCUGUGCACCCCAGCACAUCAGCUCUCAGGUGGUGUGGCAGGUCUCCUGCUGAGAGCCUUUUGGAAGGGGAGAUUGAAUAGCCCCCAGCACCAGGCUCAAGGAGUAGCACCUGGGCUGGAUAAGGGUAGGAUGAAGUAACUUGGCUGGGGGGGAAGGCUGGCAUCAGAAGGUGUGUGAAGGAGAUGAUAUUGCUUGUAGUGAUGCUCUGUCUGUCCUGUAGAGAAUAAUGGUGCUAAGGGCUGUCAGCUUAGAAUAGAUUCAGUAGUUGAACAACACAUAAAAGCUCAGUUAUUCUGAAGCCUCCACAAAGCACUUUUUGAGGAAGAAAAGCAGUGAGUUUUCCAAGCAGCCAACAUUGUGCACGUUAGCCCUGCAAAGUUUCAGUGAACGUGGAAAUAAGUUUGUGUGUUGCUUUGCAUCCCUGGCAGCACUGAGCUCCAAAUUUCUUCGAAUUCGUGAUUUAGGAGAGUUUUUAGAAAUGGUGCUUUAAUAAAAAGUUUUGGGUGCCUGAAUGCAGGCCUGUGAGCAAGCACUGGGUGUUCCCAUCGUUUUCACAACCCCAGUGCAGCACAGUGCAGGCUCCAUUUGUACCAUUGCUUCAAAGGAAGCCAGCUCUGUUUCAGACCUUUGCUAUUUUCCUGCCUCCAGAGGAUUUCAGCAGAGUUCUGCACAGUGCUACUAUCUCCUCCUGGUCCCUUUUCAUCCCUACAAAGGCAGCACAGUACUGGCUAGCAUGGAGAACAUCCCACUGGGGCUCCCACUGUUCCCUCCCCGCUGCCGUUGAGAUGUACUGCCCAGAGAUGGAUGGGUUUGCUCUGUUCUGCUUUGAGUCUCAGUUGGAUUUUUACUCAGGUUUAACACUUGCGAAGUGCCAUGGAAGAGGCAGUCUUGUUUGGUUUUUUUUUUUUUUGCUGUUUGUUCUAUUUUUGCUCUUUUUUUUUUUUUUUUAGCAUCUUAGGAACAAAAUCGGUUUCUGCAAGUUUAUAUUCAGCUCUUCCUCCUCCUCCUCUUAUCUAAAUGUAGAAAAGUGUUCUGAGCUCCUCAGCUCCCUGCGCUGCUCUCUUCUCUCUCACGUUUGUUUUAAAAUAAACAAAAACAGCAGUGCCAAGAGCUGAGGGUAGCGGAUUCCACAGGCGUUUGGCUGCUCUGCUGCAGAGCUGCUGGGAAGGGGAUGUGCAGCCCAGGCAGGGGACCUUGCUGGCCCAUAAUAGAUGGGCACUAUGGGGUCUUGGCUGUUCUGUGUCUGGGAGAAGCGGCUCCUGCAGGGGUCAGUGUGAUGUAUGGGCGCAAUUCUGUGCCAGCUUGCAGGUUCUCUGGUAGGCAUGGGAGCAGCUGAUUAAACCAAACACUGAGGUGAGAAGCUGCCUUUCUCCGAGUGCUGUCCUCUGCUAUUCUUUCAUUUGAAAGCUUGGUGCCAUAGAAAACUUCGUUAGCCACUCUGCACGGCUCGGCCUGCAGUCAGCUUGCUGCUCAGUGAGCGUUUAUUAAUGUUUGCAUUCAUUCUGGGAUUUUCCCUCACCCAGGGCAUUGUGUAAAAAGCCACGAGUCCUUCAGCCCAGGAAGAACCUGGGGUUUGUUCUCUGCAUUGUAUCAAGCGUUGAUGGGGGAUUAAACUGAAGUGGCUUCUCCAUGAAAAGCAGAACUGGAUUCACUUAAAAAUGCAUUUCUCUACCAGAUCGUUCCCCUUCGAGCUUGGUCUGCAGGGAGCCCCGUUGUGCAGGGAGGAAGCAGGCAGCAUACCAACGGCCCUCCGACUGCACAGGGGCAUCUCCAGCUUGCCAGAGCUGCUUCCAUCACUCAGGGACUGAAAUUUUAAUCAUUGAAUUAAUUUUUCAGAAACCGAAGUGCAAAUCUGUACCCUCAGUGGCAUUAAUAAUGAAUGCAGGGAAGAGAGACAUUAGAAGGAGAAAGAAGGGCUAGGAAAUUGGGGUUUGGGGAAUCAACUUUUUUUUGAUUGUUGUUUUGAAGAGAUAAUGUAUGUGUUGGAUGUCCUCCUCCCUUGGCCUUUCUGCUCGUUUCGUCGUGUUCCGUCCAACAGAAUCCACUGUAUUUCUGUCUCAAGUAUCUUUUGAAUCCCCCUCCCACCAGCACUGCCUCCCAUUGUGUGGGUUUUCUUUCCCUCUUCUAGGGCAAAUGGCAAUGCUGUGCACACACAGCCACCCCAUCCCUGAUCUGUGGGGUUGGUGCAAGCUGUUCUGCUGUCCGUGAGGCCGCAGGAUGGGAGAGGACAGGGUCUGAACCACAGCCAUUGUGCCAGAGCUUAAUGCUCUGCUCUGGGCUCCUUCCUGCCUCUCUCA